AUGCACCUUCUUUCGACCCUCCUACCUGCUGUUGGCCUGUUGGCCCAGCUCAGCACUGCUUCGUAUAGUCUCAAGGACGACUACGGUAACAGCGACUCGUUCUUUGACAUGUUCAACUUCUUCACAGAUACCGACCCAACCAAUGGCUAUGUCAGCUAUGUCGACCGUAACACCGCAUCUAGCGGCGGUCUGAUCAACGCCUCCAGCAGCAGCGGCGUCUAUAUCGGUGUCGACCACUCCAACACCGCCAGCAAGCCUGGUCGUCAAUCUGUCCGCCUGGAGAGCGCCAACACCUACACUCACGGUCUGGUCAUUCUUGACCUAGCCCACAUGCCCGGCAGCGUGUGCGGCAGCUGGCCUGCCUUCUGGAUGCUGGGCUCCGACUGGCCCAAGAACGGCGAGAUUGAUAUUAUCGAAGGCGUCAACGACCUCUCCACUAACCAGAUGACUCUGCACACCAGCUCCGGCUGCUCGAUCGACAACUCCGGUUUCACCGGCAGCGUCGUCACAUCUGACUGCUACGUCGAUGCCUCCGGGCAAACAGCCAACGCCGGCUGCGCCAUCGACAACGGUAACUCGGAGUCGUAUGGCUCGGGCUUCAACAAUGCUGGCGGCGGCGUCUACGCUACCGAGUGGACUGGCUCUGCUAUCAACGUCUGGCAUUUCCCCUCUUACUCGAUCCCCUCUGAUAUCUCCUCCGGAAACCCCGUCCCAUCGAACUGGGGAACGCCCGCCGCUCGCUUUGCCGGAUCCUGUGACAUCGACUCGCACUUCAACAAUUUGCAGAUCGUCUUCGAUAUUACGUUCUGCGGCGACUGGGCUGGCGACUCUUCCGUCUGGAGCUCGGGAAGUUGCGCCAGCAAGGCUGAUACCUGCGACUCCUAUGUCCAGAACAACCCCUCGGCCUUUGAGGAUACCUACUGGCGCGUCAACUCGUUGAAGGUCUACCAGGAGUCUAGCAAGCUGGAUGUCGAUGUUGGUAUUGACAUCAAUGUUGAUAUCGAGAUCGAUGAAAAAUCGAAGUCGGACUCGAAGUCGGACUCCAAGUCGGACUCCAAGUCUUCAUCCAAGCAGUCAACUCGUGACACCGCCCCCUAUGUCCGUCCUGGUCCCCGUCCCUCCACUAAGCACCGUCGUGACCACUACCGCCGUGGCCACGGCCACGGCCACAUCCACGCCUAG